AUGUCGAGGAGGCAAGUCGGCUCCGGCAGGCGAUUCGUCGACUCCGGCAACUUCCCCUUCGCUUCCGCUCUCCAUCAUAAGUCCCGCCCUUCUCCUCUACUCUCCAUCGGUCUUGUCGUCUUGGGAGCUUUGCUUCUCAUCGCCUAUGCUUAUGGCGGCCCAGGUUUGUUCAGGGGUAACAAGGAUAUCAGCAGGAUUGAAGGCGACUAUACAUGCACAGCAGAAGUCCUGAGAUCUAUACCAUUUCUGAAGAAAGCAUACGGAGACAACAUGCGUAAAAUUUUGCAUGUAGGUCCUGAUACUUGUGCUGUUGUCUCCACAUUGCUGAAAGAAGAAGAAACUGAAGCCUGGGGAUUGGAGCCAUACGACAUCGAGGAUGCAGAUGCAACCUGCAAAAAUCUUGUUCGGAGGGGGCUUGCUCGUGUUGCUGAUAUCAAAUUCCCUCUACCCUACAGGGCAAAGUCAUUCUCACUCGUUAUUGUGUCGGAUGCUCUUGAUUACCUUUCACCAAAGUACUUGAACAGGACUCUUCCUGAACUGGCUAGGGUUGCUUCUGAUGGUCUCGUCGUCUUUACUGGUUAUCCUGGCCAACAGAGAGCUAAAGUUGCAGAACUGUCCAAAUUUGGACGGCCGCCCAAAAUGAGGAGCUCCUCUUGGUGGAUUCGCUAUUUUGUUCAAACAAGUUUGGAAGAAAAUGAAGUUGCUCAAAAGAAGUUUGAUCAGGCAGCACUGAAGAGGUCGUACAAGCCAAACUGUCAAGUAUUCCACCUCAACCCAUACCAUUAA